GGACACCCUCUUAACCUUUAAAAGGUUAAAGAUUUUCAAUCCUUUAAGGGAAUACUGGGGAGGGUCUGCACAAGGAAAACAAAAUCAUCAAAAAAUAAAAUAAAAAUAAAAAAAGAAAAGCAAAAUGAUCCUGAGUUCAUAAAAUGUACCCCUGUGGUCCCAUGGAUCUGGGAGUCCUUGUCUCUGGUACCAGCAUCAAUCAUCACUACUAGGGCCCUGGCCCUGCUGUACUCUUAUACAAGCUCACCCAGUGUGAGGGAGAGGACCAUGAGCUUGGGACAGGGUACAAAGCAUAGGCCUUGACUGACUUAAGAGGCAGAGCUGCAGCUCCGAUGGCCAGGGAGGAGAAGAUGAGGGGUCCUCCAGGGCUCUGGAGAGCACACUUGGGUCAACUGUAUCCUUUUUUUGUUGCUGGGGUGGAGACUUUGUGGUCUUUUCCUCCAGGAUGCCCCACUGGAUCAAGUCCUGGGCGGUGUCCAGCCACUUUGGCUCAGGUCCUAUUAGCUCCUCAAUCUUGAACUCCAGGGCCAUACCCCCUAACUCCUUGGCAGCUUGACACACACACAUAACUUCCUCAUCUGUUAAAUGGGAUUCUGAGCCCCAGCUAAUGCUAACCCUAAUCAUUGGUCAUGAGCACCCUGAAAACAGUGCCCUGACACCCAAAGGCAGCUCAGGAGCAAGACUGAGGCCUCAAGAGCCCCCACUGGAAUCCUCUCUUCCCCACCCUUCCAGAUUAACCAAAACCUGCUAAUUGUGGCAACCCUCUGCAUGCUCCCCUCCCCCACCAUUUUACUCCCUUCCCUCUCUUCCCCUCCCCCUUCAUCGGAAUGAUAAAGGGCCAGGCCCGCCCGCCUGGCCCCACUUCAGAUCCUGGCCCUACCGCCACACUGCCCCACUGCUCUGAGCCCUCAAUCAGGCCAGGCCCCUGGCCACGCUGUCUACCUUCCCGGCAUGGGGCCCUGCAGCAAUUCCUGCCGGGGGCCCCUGGAGGCACAAUCGCCCUCUCAGCCCCCCAAGAGGAGGAAGAAGAGAUACCUGCGGCAUGACAAACCUCCCUACACCUACUUAGCCAUGAUCGCCUUGGUGAUUCAGGCCGCACCCUCCCGCAGGCUGAAGCUGGCCCAGAUCAUCCGUCAGGUCCAGGCGGUGUUCCCCUUUUUCAGGGAUGACUACGAGGGCUGGAAAGACUCCAUCAGGCAUAACCUCUCCUCCAACCGAUGCUUCCUCAAGGUACCCAAAGACCCAGCGAAGCCCCAGGCCAAGGGCAACUUCUGGGCUGUGGACGUGAGCCUGAUUCCAGCAGAGGCGCUGCGGUUGCAGAAUACGGCCCUGUGCAGGCGCUGGCAGAACGGGGGCACACACAGAGCUUUCGCCAAAGACCUGGGUCCCUAUGUGCUGCAUGGUCAACCCUAUCGGCCAUCUGGUCCCCCGCCUCCCUGCGAAGGCUUCAGCAUCAAAUCUUUGCUAGGGAACCCGGGGGAGGAGGCAUCCCUCAGGCCCAGGCUGGCAACACAGAGCAGCCCAGCCCUGGGGGGCACAAGGAAUGGCAGGGCAGAGGUAGUACCUACUCUACCCCUGCCCUCCCCUGAAAGGCCCCUGUGGCCCCUCCCAGGGCCCGCAACAGUGGAGGGGGAGACUUCUCCCAAGGGAGCUAUUGGCCCCACAUUCCUCUCCUCAGAGCCCAGAGCCUGGUCCCUCCACUUAAUACAGGAUACACCAGCCCCUGGGGGGCUAUCCAGUGGGGGACACAGAUCCUCCUUUUGGGGACAACUGCCCACCUCCUACUUGCCCAUCUAUGCCCCCAAUGUGGUUGUCCCCUUGGCACCACCACCACCCAGCUCCUGUCCUAGGUGCCCACCUUCCACCAGCCCAGCCUACUGGAAGUUAGCCCCUGAAACUCCACGGGCCCCAAGGCUGCUCUGGGAUCUAGAUGCGUUCUUCCAAGGGGUGCCCCCCAAUAAAAGCAUCCAUGAUGUAUGGGUCAGCCAGCCUCAGGACCUGGCUGCCCCCACCCCCAGCUGGCUGCUCUCCUGGCACAACCUGUGAGGCUCCUGCAGCAGGGUGGCUGCUCCCUCCCACCCGCCAGCUCACUAGUGGGAACCAAGGCCAGGAGAGUAUCUCUGGCCACAGCAGUCUCAAAACACGAGGUCCCAGCCUUGCUGGGAGUCCACAAAGUUUAUUGAACUACUCCACAGAUGGUGCGGCCAAGCUGUCACUCAGGCCUCUGCCUCAGCACUGGAGGCAGGGAUGUAGAAGCAGGGCUCAGCCUGGAAUAGUACUUCCUGGUCCCACCUUCUCAGGCCAUCCCCCAUCCAUCCAUCUGUCAUCUCCCUUCCCUGGCUCCAGGCUGGGGGAGGGAGAGCCUAACAGGGGUCCAACUUGAAGUCUUGUCUCAACUGUCUGGGAGGGAGGUAGCACCUUUUUGGGGAAAGGGGUUAGGGAAUAAAGACAUGGUGGGGGGAGACAGAUAACAGUAAAGGAAUUUGCAACAUUU